CCGCCACGGGCCACGGCCUACUACGAUGGUAGGGAUUCCCUAGAGGCCUUGACCGGUUGACCCCGCAACGGCUAUUUUUUUCUCCUCCCUGACCUAAUGGGCGUACUAGCCGUUGGUCCUGCGGUGCGGCGGGCGUUCCGGCUUCGCUCUUGCCUCUUGCUACAAAUAACCAUUCACGGCCGAUCCCUAAACCCCACAAAGCAAAGCAGCCUCUCUCUCUCUGUCUCUCUCUCUCGCCUCCCUCUCGCCUCCCUCUCGACGACGAUCUCAGGCGCUCGCGGGGAGUCGAGUCGAGACCAGCUUCGUUCCUUCAUAAAAAGCUCACUUAGUUGUUGUCCCCGCCUCUUUUUUUCGCUGUUCUUGUUUGAUUACAUCAUCUUAUUUUGUGCUUGAAUCUAACCUGCCAUUAAGUUUUUAUCGCUUCGUUAUUUCUCUGUUGUGCUUGUCUUGUUCUUUUGUUGCUCUAACCAUGGACGCAGGCUCCCGCUCGAUCUCCUCGGCGAAGAACCGCGCCGCCGCCGUCGCCGCCGCGCCCCGGCCACCGCUGCAGGAGGCGGGCUCCCGCCCCUACAUGCCAUCGCUGAGCUCGGGACCCCGCAACCCGUCGGCCAAGUGCUACGGCGACAGGUUCAUCCCGGACAGGUCGGCGAUGGACAUGGACUUGGCGCACUACUUGCUUACUGAGCCCAGGAGGGACAAGGAGAACGCGUCGGGCAUGGCGGCGUCCCCGUCCAAGGAGGCGUACCGGAGGCUGCUCGCGGAGAAGCUGCUCAACAACCGGACACGGAUCCUCGCUUUCAGGAGCAAGCCGCCGGAGCCCGAGAACGUUUCUUUUGCGGACACGACUUCCUCCAACCUGCAGGCCAAGCCGGCCAAACAGCGGCGCCACAUUCCCCAGUCUGCCGAGAGGACCCUAGACGCACCAGAGCUAGUUGACGACUACUACCUCAACUUGCUUGACUGGGGAAGCAACAACGUGCUAUCCAUUGCUUUGGGAGACACGGUGUACCUGUGGGAUGCAUCGAGCGGAUCCACAUCCGAGCUUGUGACCGUCGGCGAGGACAGUGGUCCUGUUACAAGCGUUAGCUGGGCUCCUGAUGGUCGGCACAUGGCCGUCGGGCUCAACUCGUCUGACGUCCAGCUCUGGGACACCAGCUCCAACCGACUGUUGAGAACACUCAGAGGUGCGCAUGAGGCAAGGGUAGGCUCGCUGGCAUGGAACAACAGCGUCUUGACCACCGGUUGCAUGGACGGCAAGAUCGUGAACAAUGACGUAAGGAUUAGAGACCACGUCGUGCAGAGGUACGAGGGGCACAGCCAGGAGGUCUGCGGGCUCAAGUGGUCCGGAUCAGGGCAGCAGCUGGCCAGCGGAGGCAACGACAACCUUCUGCACAUUUGGGAUGUGUCGAUGGCAUCAUCCAUGCCAUCUGCUGGCCGCAACCAGUGGCUGCAUAGGCUCGAGGACCACAUGGCCGCCGUGAAGGCACUCGCGUGGUGCCCGUUCCAGAGCAACUUGCUGGCCACCGGCGGCGGUGGCAGCGACCGCUGCAUCAAGUUCUGGAACACGCACACCGGUGUGUGCCUGAACUCGGUUGAUACCGGAUCACAGGUGUGCGCUCUGCUGUGGAACAAGAACGAGAGGGAGCUGCUGAGCUCACAUGGAUUCACACAGAACCAACUCACCUUGUGGAAGUACCCAUCGAUGGUGAAGAUGGCUGAACUUAAUGGCCAUACCUCUCGCGUCCUCUUCAUGGCUCAGAGUCCUGAUGGAUGCACAGUAGCGUCGGCUGCUGCUGACGAGACCCUCCGGUUCUGGAACGUUUUUGGAACCCCUGAAACGCCCAAGCCUGCAGCCAAAGCUUCCCACACUGGGAUGUUCAACAGCUUCAAACAUAUCCGAUAGGAUGAGUCAAGACUAUUAUUGGAUAUUGUCUAUACUUGACUUGAUGAUGGCCUGUCGUUUUCGGAAGGUCAGAAAUCAAUGACACAGGGUUUGCUUCAGAAAUCAGAUGUAAUGUUUUUUCCUCAUUUUUGGUUGGAACAUCAAGGGCGCUUGUUUGAUGUACCAAUUAUUGUAAAUCAAGACAGCAAUAUAUAUAAAUUGAUAUUUUGUCGGUUGGAUUUGGAAA